AUGGCGAUUGAGAACAAGAUUCGUCAACCGUUGGACUUACAGGAAACUCGCCGACAGCAGCUCCAGUUUAAGGAGCAGAAGCGGCAAGCAGAGUUAGAAGAAGAGGAGGAGUUUAGAAGAAAAGUAAGAGCAGUUACUGCCAUGUAAUCCUUGUUUAACUCUUCAAGCUCCAAUAUUCACAUAAAAAUAGUCCAGACUGACUUUCGUACUUUUCCUUAUAUUUAAUGAAUGAGUUGGGGGAAUUUGUUAACAGAUCAAAGCACUUUCCCCUUGGUGGUCAAUUAAUAGGCCACUUCCGAGUUCCAAAGAUCCUCACUUUCAAGUUGAGGCCAAGCGCACAACCUUUGUUGUGAAAAAUGAAUUUUAUUUGCAUGAGAAUAAAAAAUUAUUUCCAAAUCAAAGGCUGAGCACUUAACUUCGUUUUGAUACAGAGGCCCGGGGAAACUCGCAAAUGUCCUAUAUAUUUGUUAUUGUUAGGAGAAAAUUGAUGUUGGUCACUCUUGGGGCUUAAAAGGUUAAAGACACUUUGCUCAUAGAUCCCGUUUCAAGCGGUUUAGUUUAACCAUUGAUGAUUCUUCUUUUAGAUGCUUGAAAAGUUUGCCGAAGACGACCGCAUCGAACAGAUGAACGCACAGAAGAGGCGAAUGAAACAGCUAGAGCAAAAGAGGGCCGUACAAAAACUGAUUGAAGACAGAAGGAUUCAGUUCCAGAGAGAAAGGGUAAGGCAGCACUGAUCCGUCAACCGUUAGACUACAUGCAGCCCCCUAGCGUAACAAAAAUCGUCUUUGGUAGACCCUUUUUAAACUUACACUCGACGAACUAAGGAAGAGCUGUUCGUGGGCGCCAUCACACCUUUUUAGUAGUCAGUUAUUGGAUGAGGCUGAGUAUGAUAUGAAGAAUUAUGCAGAUUAAAGAGGGUGUUAUCCUCCAAGGCCGAAGACCUAAGAAAAGACCAGCUAAGAAAAAAAGAAGGACUGUUCGUAGGCACGAUUACUCCUUUUUAAUUUGCAAUAUCGGAAGGAAAAUUCUCUUUCCUUCCUCCAUGAAGAUUUUUUGUAGUAAAUGUUAGAACAAUUGGGUUAUCAUAUUUCAAUAUUCUUUUUAGGAAGCAGAACUUGAGGCUCGCCGUGAACAAGAAAGAAUGGAGGAAUACAGGCGACAGAUUAUUGAACAAGAAAGACAGAGACUGCUCAAGGAGCACGCUGCCAAUCUACCCGGCUUUUUACCUAAGGUGAGUGUGUCCGCGGUAGCGAGCUGCCCACAUUAUAAUAACAUUUGCGUAAAUUUAAGAGAAAUACUUCCUCCUUGCACUUCUCUCGUAUUUUUCCGCAUGCUUCAGAAAUACUUAUAUACCCCAACGAUGCACAUCAUCGCUCAUGUUUAGAGUCUUCACAGCCAAUAUUUUAACUAACAAACCACAAAUGACAUCCUGAGUUAACUGACCAGUUAACUGUCCUAUUCUGUUUUAGUUGUCUUUCUGUGCUCAGUCGGAGGUGCGAAUCCCGCCCCCUACCCCUUACCCCCUCCGUUUAUACAGCGGUUACACUGUUCAAGGAACAAACUUCAAAAAGUGAUUGCUUGUCAUUUACCGAGUGCUUGUUGGUUUUUUUCUACAGGGGGUGUUACGUGAUCAGCGGGAUUUGGAGUUAUUUGAUGAAUAG